UCAGACACGCCCAUUACUUCCAUCUUAGCCAUGUGGAUAGUGACCACAAACGACUGCACGACCGAUCCGUUUGUUUAUGCAUUAUAACUUAUAUUUUGCAUGUUCAGGCCGAGAGCAAGAUGUCCCAGUCCGUGUCCAGAUUUCAAGCAGAGGUGGCGGCCGUUAUGGAGGUGUUACUGAAGGUGGCCGUCGUAGAGAUAACGAAAGUUUUCGAAGGACGCGCAUUGGAUUGCCAUGGCUGCACGGUCGACAGAGAAGCUCAGAUCAGAGAGGAUCUGGUUCGUCUCCCUGACAUCAGGGCUCAUAUGGAAAGUGCAUUGACUAAUCUUUCGGACAAGAUGGUUUGUAGCGUCGGUGUGCAAGUGGGAGAGACACUGCUGUCCAACCCCCAGGAUCUGUGUGUGUCCACUGAGAAAGACAGGAUUUAUCUGCUGGAUUCCAAAGGAGAGGAGGAGGGGCUUUCUCCCUCUGAGAGUCUUUGCAAGGAGCCUCCAGAAGCAGUGGAUUUACAAUGCAUGGUUGACCUUCCAUGCACAAUCUUCAAAGAAACUGAGAUUGGACUGGGGAUAGGAGAUCCCUUAAUUCAUGGCACCCCACGGACAGAUGACUUGAAAAAACCAGAGACAAUUCAGGAAAAUGGUUUUCAAGGACUUGAUGUUCUUGAGGAAACUUCUUCACACUCUAUAGUAGAUCCAGAGUCUCAUCUAUUCAGCUCUGUUCUAGGUAGCAUUCCCAGUGCUGACCUUUCCAUUGACGGUAUAAACCAGUGGGACCAUGGUCUUAUGGAAGUAAAUACUUUGCUGUCUGUUGAAAAGUCACCUCGCAUUGAAUCUCCACAAUCAAGCAAAAUCCCAACGGAGGCCACUGAACUCAGCCAGGCAUCAGGUAAUAGUGCUUUGAAUGCAAAGAAGGUGCGUUUCCAGCUGAGCAAAACGCCUUUCGAUUGCAAACUGUUGCGGCCUUGUUCUGUGCAACUUGUGAACCUACUGAUGCUGUCAAGUGCGCAGAGGGUGAAUGGAUCCAACAAAAAAUGCUUCUCUACACCCAAAGAUCUGCGGGCCCACCAGCGUGUCCAUACGGGACGUCGGCUGUGCUGCUUUAAAGACUGUGGGAACGGCAUUUGGCGCCUACAGGGAGCCCUCUCACAAGGGCAUGCUCAUGCCUGCAAGAUCUGUGGCAAAAAGUUCAAACGCAAGAAGAUCCUAAAGCGUCACGAGCGCUUUCAUACAGGCGAAAAGCCGUAUUCCUGCAGAAAGUGUAAAAAGACAUUUGCCCUACGGAAAAGCUUGCGAAGGCACGAGCGGUUCCACACUGGAGAGAGACCUCACGUCUGCCCACACUGCAGGAAAGGCUUCCGUCUCAAAAACAAUCUCAAGGCUCACCUGCGCUUUCACUCUGGUGAAAAGCCCUUCAUUUGCAACCUGUGCUCGAAGGGUUUUAGGAUCCUCAAAAACCUUGAGAAACACAGGCUCACUCAUUCGGCGCCAGUUAGCUUUAGAACUCUUCAGUAACGGAACAAAUGGUUUGUGUGGCCUAAACCAAACGCCAUAUUUCUACCUCGCAUCAGAACCACUGGAUCCAGCCGGUAAAUCUAGCACCCGAGUUGAUGCACAAUAGCAGACCGGAUAUCGGAACAUUGGGGUGACUCAUUUUACGUGUUCAGUUUUAUUUGUUUCUCAUUGAUACCACAUUGUAAAUGGUUCUCAUGUUGAUUAGGGUUGUUUGUGGACAGUUUUCUUCUGGUGUAGACUUUGGUCUUGACUGCAUAUGUACUAAUCAUAAACACAUCUUUGAAAAACAAGAUUUUUUUUCAUUAGUUUCAUGCCACUAAAUGUAGAAAAUCCAGGGCAAUAGUGGGUUCAAUCCUGCAGUACAACAUAAACAGACUUGACUAAUUAUUGCUUGCUGUAAAUACUUUUCAUACUUAUAUGAUGCUUUUUUUUGUAAAUACGACUUUUUAUCAAUCGGGACCUUUUUGACAUGCCCAUCUAGACUAAUUCAAGAAGAUUUGUGUGUGUGUGUGUGGUUGAACACUGGAGAGAAUUGGAUGCUGCAGGAUUCACAGGGGUUUAUAUGUCCUUGUAAUAAUUUUUAAAGCAACAUACUUUAGAGUCUUGUUUACUAUUUGUUUAGCAUGCUUUGCUCACUUUAAGCUUAAGCUAAAAAAAUGUUGUUAGUCACUCUUUUGCUCGCAUUUCCACUUUAUUACUUGUACUUUUUAACAUUUGAUGUAAUCUCUUUGUAUGGACCAAGCUAACAUUUAUCAGAGAGAUUAUUUUAUAAACAUGCUUUUUUUUUGUUUAUCUUGACCUUUUUUUUGUACAAAAAAAACUUUAUGCUUUAAAUCACAUGAUUUUAGUUUGACAUGAAAAACUUGUAACAUUUGUAGUAAGAUUAGUGAGUUUAUAGCAAACAAAAGAAAUUGUUUCAACCUUAGCUUUUGCUUUAAAUCCUCUUUUUUACCAUUAUGACAAACCUAUAUAGUUCAUUUUUGAAUAAACAAUAACCUCAUAUCUUUGUUUAA